GAACGCGAGAGGGUCACAAAGAAAGAAAGAAAACAGAAAGAAAAUAAGAAAGAACGAAAGCAAGAAAAAACAAGAAGGCAAGAAGGCAAGAAAAAGGAAGAAAGAAAGGAAGCAAGAAAGAAAGCAAGUAAGCAAGCAAGAAAGAGAGGAAGCAAGAAAGAAAACAGAAUGAAAGCAAGAAAACAAGAAAGCAAGAAAUAA